AUGACAGUGCAAAAUCAAUCAGAAUUAGUGCAAGAAAUCUAUAAUAUAGAUGAGUUCAAAUCCAUAAUACAAGACAAUGAAUUAGUUGUCCUUGACUUUUACUCUACUCAAUGUCCUCCAUGUGUGGUCGUUGCUCCAUUAUACACACACUUAGCAGAAAAAUACUCUAAAGCAAAGUUUUUCAAAAUAAACGGUUUACUCCCAGAAGGUGCCAUAGUGCAAAAAUCCAUCGAUGUUGUUUGGUGGCCUACAUUUGUCAUCUACAAGAACGGGAAAGAAGUCUGGAGAGUGAAGAUUCCAAACCCUCCACAACAACAUCCAACUGCAGAACUCGAAGAAGAAUUGAAGAAAGUGUACUAA